UGGGGUGGGUGCCCUGACCCUAUGACAGGGUACCAGUGCCUCACUGGGGUGGGUCCACAACGUUACUGGGAUGGGGCUGCCACUUAUUGGGGUGGUGGCCAGGACCCCACUGGGUGGGUUCCAGACCCUACUGGGAUGGUGCCAUGUCAUACUGGGAUGGGUCCCGCUCAUCCUGGUAGGGUGGCGCCCAUGACCCCAUAAGAAGGUUCCCGUGACCCCAUAAGAAGGUUCCUGUGACCCCAUAAGAAGGUGCCCAGGACCUUUAUGGGAUGGUCCCACCACUUGUAGGAAUGGGUCCCACCAGCUCAUUGGGGGGGAUCCCACCUCGUGUUGGGAUGGUGCCUGUGACCCCAUAAGACCUUAUUGGGAUGGGUCCCACCACAUGUAGGGAUGGUGCCCAUGGCCUUAGUGGGGUGGAUCCCACCCUGUGUUGGAUUGGUCCCCACCACCCCAUAAGAUGGAGCCUGGCACCUUACUGGGAUGGUCCCCAUGGCCUUAGUGGGGUGGAUCCAACCCCAUGCUGGAUUGAUCCCCACCACCCCAUAAGAUGGUGCCCAGGACCUUACUAGGAUGGUGCCCAUGGACUUACUGGGAUGGAUCCCACCCCAUGGGACCCCAUGGUGGGACCCCAUUAGUCCCCACCACCCCAUAAGAUGGUCCCAUGGCCUUACAGGGACGUUCCCCCCCACCUUCCUGCACCCCAUUGCACUGUAUGGGAUGGAGCCCACAGCCCCAUAGUGUGGUGACCCUACAGGGAUGUGUCCCCCCCCAACCCCCCCCUGUCCCCACAGACGUCCUGCUGAAGGUCCAUGUGUAUGAGGGCGGCUCUCUGACCCCGCUGCCCCAGACCAGCCUGGAGGUGCUGGGACCCCGCGGCUCUUUGGCCUCCGGGAGCACUGACCCCGAUGGCAGCGGGGUGCUGCCCCUGUCCUACAGCCUGGGCACCUGGGUGCUGGUCACCGCCACCCGAAGGGGCUUCGUCACCGCCACGGUGCCAUGGAGGGUCACCAAACUGCCGCUGUACGCCUCCAUCAGCCUGUACCUGCAGCCCGAGCGCCCGGCCACCCUCAUCCUGUACGAGGACCUGGUGCAGAUCCUGCUGGGCCCCCCCGGUGAGUGGGGGCCAAAGGGUCCGACAGGCACAUGUGGGGUCAGCAGCNACGUCCUGCUGAAGGUCCAUGUGUAUGAGGGCGGCUCUCUGACCCCGCUGCCCCAGACCAGCCUGGAGGUGCUGGGACCCCGCGGCUCUUUGGCCUCCGGGAGCACUGACCCCGAUGGCAGCGGGGUGCUGCCCCUGUCCUACAGCCUGGGCACCUGGGUGCUGGUCACCGCCACCCGAAGGGGCUUCGUCACCGCCACGGUGCCAUGGAGGGUCACCAAACUGCCGCUGUACGCCUCCAUCAGCCUGUACCUGCAGCCCGAGCGCCCGGCCACCCUCAUCCUGUACGAGGACCUGGUGCAGAUCCUGCUGGGCCCCCCCGGUCCCGCAGCGCUGCUGCCCGUGGCCGCGGGCAUGAAGGACAUCACGGCGUAUCACACCAUCUUCCUGCUCACCAUCCUGGGCGCGCUGGCGCUGCUGGUGCUCACCCUGCUCUGCCUCCUCAUCUACUACUGCAGACGCCGCUGCCUGAAGCCGCGGCAGCAGCACCGCAAACUGCCGCUGUCGGGGACGCUGGACGCCUCCAAACGGGACCAGGCCACGUCCAUGUCGCAGCUGAACCUCAUCUGCAGCCACAUGGAGACGGCGUCCUCGGGGGGGGACACGGCGGCGCACAGCCCCGUGCUCAAGUUCGACGGCUCCCGCGAGGAUUUCUUCGCUCCGGUCCCGUCCUCCGCCCCACCAUCGUCCUCCAACGCGGCCCCGCGUCGCUGCCACCAACGGGAGGAUUUCACCCCCAACGAGGGUCCCCCCGCCGCCCCCCACGGGGCCGAAGUGCCGCCGUCCGACCCGCUGCCACCGCCGCCACCGCCGCCACCGCGGCCACCGUCACUCGGAGCUCCCAUGGGGCCGACAAUGGGGCCAUCUAUGGGUCCAUCUAUGGGUCCAUCUAUGGGUCCAUCUAUGGGUCCGCCGGGCCCGCUGAUCCUGUGCGGGGCUCUGGAGGGUCCCCAGGAGGACUCCGUGUACCGCGGCGUGGUGCCCACCCUGCUCAUCCCCGCCCGCUACAUGCGCCUGGACGGGGCGGCCGAGGGCAGCCCGCAGCUGGAAGCCCCCAACGCGGCGGCUGCGGGCGGAGCCCCCCAGGCCGGGCCCCCCCCCCAGGGCGGCGGCGGCGGCCCCGUGGCCAUCCCGGUGCUGCUGAACGAGUCGGCGGUGGCGCAGCUGAACGGGGAGCUGCAGGCGCUGGCCGAGCAGAAGCUGGUCGCCCCCCGCGCCUGGUUCGUGUCCCUGGACGGUCGCGCGUCCCACGUCCGCCAUUCGUACAUCGACCUGCAGGGCGGAGAACGAGGCCCCCCCCCGCCCCGAGCGCGGCCGCCCCCGCCCCGCGGCCCCCCGUCACCCGAGGACAGCGCCCUGGCCCCGCUGCUCGGGGGUCCCCCCGUGGGGCGCCGCGGGGCGGGGGGCGGCGGCAGCGGGUGCAGCAGCGCGUCCGAACCCCCCCGGGACUCGCCCAGCAGCCCCGAGGACGAGGUGGGAGACGGGGGAGAGGGCGGCGACGACGGGGGGGACCGUAAGAGCCCCUGGCAGAGGAGGGAGGAGCGGCCGCUCAUGGUCUUCAACGUCAAGUAAGUGCGGGCCGGACCCGCAGCCCCACACAGCCCCACACAACCCAUCCCUGCGCCCAUCCCGGUCUCCACCCCCCCCAUCUCCAUCAUCA